AUGAAUCCUUUCCCCUGUGUCACCAUUUUGCUCCGCCUUUCUUUGAUGGCCACCGCCAUCAACUUCACCAGUCAAGUCUUCGAGUGGCCCAAUUAUUUAGACUACGAGUGGCCGUCGGAGGCGAACCGGACACAGCCACGGCAAGCUGGAACUCUCAAACCAGAGGAUAUUCAACCUCGUUACAUGGCUGUCUACAAAACAAGGAUCUUCCUCAGCAUAAAAUACGAUAGCAACCUUCCGGUGAGUUUGGUGUCUUUGCCGACAAGCGGCGCAUCUUCUCUGUCCCCGAAGCUAACCCCAGUCCCGUCGUUGGACAUGCAUGGAUAUGGAAACUGCAACAAAAUAGAAAAAGCAAAAGGGCUGCAAGUUGAUUCCGUUGGAAGGCUGUGGGUAUUGGACAGCGGCAGCCUCAAAUGCUAUUCCAAAAUAUGGGCCAUUGACUUGGCCGACAAUGAUCACACCAAACUCAUUUAUCAGUUCCCUUUUCACAAAUUGAUGCACGAUAUAGUGAUUGAUGAAACACCCAAUGGAACCUUUGCCUACAUUGCAUUGUGGGUUAAAGAACAAAUUGUCGUGUUUAGUUUAGCGAAAAAUCAAUCUUGGUUAUUGGACACGCCAGGAGUCGAGGUUUUUUCCAUCGCCCUAUCUCCCAAGGAAGAAUUGCCGACACAGCUCUACCUUGUUCCAGAUGUUGCCACUGUUACAUCCAACUGUACAUGUGAAGAGGGGAAAACAGAAGAAUCUACAAAUUAUGCUUUGAUCGGCUCGCUCGACUUCUUCCUGGUCUUGAGCUGCAUUUUCACCCUGUGGCUCGCCCUAAGGAUUAGAAAAUUGCAAAAUUCCAACGAGCAACGCAACGCAGGCGCCGUGGAAAUGGAAAUGCCAACUCUCCCGAAUCCCGUCUCGCCGGAAAUGGUGCACGAGGAAAUCGAAAACGAUUUAUACGGCGUCGUCACGGCCCCGGCCCCUCGUCCAAGGAUGUGA